AAAUAUUUAUCGUAUUAAGCCACAUUGAAUGCACAGCUACUUCAUGUCCGCAGUUCGUGGUUCUAUUUAUUGCCUUCUUCAUUGUUCCUUGGCAGCCUCUAACGAUAAGUUAGAAGUAUGCAUCGAUUUUCUUCCGAAGGUUUCGCAACCGCCAUUUUCGCGUUCUUGUGUUUCGUGGAAUCCGUCAUAGGUGGAUUCACCACAAAGGUUGGCCCUCAACCAAUAUGGAAUGCCACCUACACCGACAAACUUAGGCAAGACCUCCUCCUGAACUAUGACAAGUUUGCCAGGCCAAUGCAGCACUACAACACUACCCUGGUUCGUUUCGGUCUAGCUUUGAGACACUUCGAAGUGAACGAAUUCAAAUCCCAGCUGACUGUGUACACUUGGGUCCGAAUGACUUGGACGGAUGAAAAAUUAAAAUGGAAUCCGAAAGAUUAUGGUGAGGUAGAUGUAGUACGUCUAGCCGAUCACGAAAUAUGGCAGCCAGAUCUCUUUCUAUAUAAUAGUGCAGUUUCCUCAGCAGUAGGACACUACGCUAAUACUCAUUUCCUGGUUUAUCCUAAUGGAGAGGUCCUUUGGGUGCCUCCUUGUCAGUUCACGGUGCUAUGCGACCUGAACUUGCUAUAUUGGCCAUUCGAUAUUCAUACAUGUUCCUUGAAAUUCGGAUCCUGGACCUACAGUGGAGACCACAUAGAUUUGGAACUGUAUAACAAUACAGCAGAGAUUGAGAAGGACCUUACGAUUGACAGUACAGAAUGGGAAUUAUUGAGUGCUAGUAUGGAAAAAGGCACCUCCUAUUAUCCAUGUUGCGAAGAACCUUAUCCGUAUAUAGCAGCGAAUAUCACUAUUGCUAGAAGAUCCCCUUCGUAUAAGGCGAUCAUCAUAACACCAGCUUUCGCUAUUCUGGUCCUCAUCCUAUCUGCAUUCUGGCUUCCACCCAAUGCUGGCGAGAAACUAGUUCUGAAUGGGUGUGUGGCUGUGCUGAUUUGCUUGUUCCUGCUGUACUUCACGCAGAAAAUUCCUGCUAUGGGUCUGCAUAUUCCCCUUAUUGUACUUUUCUAUAGCAACUGCCUCUACGUCGUGUCCUGUACCAUGAUUGGAUCAGUUGUUGUCAUUUGGUUAUCCAGAACAAAGCACAGCAGUCCCUUACCAUGGGUCAUCAAGAAACCAUUGACAGGAAGUCUAGGAAAAUGGCUGGGACUUACGAGCUACAUUAAUCAGUCAACAUUAACUCACAGGGUGACAGCUGAAGAAAUGAGAGACCAUCAUGUGACUGACUUAGAUGAUCACAACAGUUGUACGGACGACCAUAUUUUCAAACCUACAACGAAACUGUCCGUUCAGCAGGAUUGGGUCUUACUGGCUGCAGCAAUUGACCGAAUAUCAUUCUGUUUUUAUUGCCUUGUUUCAUUGAUUAUGGCUGUGCAGUAUUCAUUGUGAUCUAAAUAUUCAUAGGAACCUAUACACUCGCAUCUCGCUGAUUACAUUGAUUUUGUCUCUUUCUUGUACCGCAUAAAUAUACUGAGGAUAUUUCUGAAAAUA